UCAUGCUGGUGCCAGGUCCAGAGUCUCUCAUGGGUCCCUGUACGGCCUCCCAUUGCUGCUGUCUCCAUCGCCACACUCUGCCAUGUGCCACUUUCAGGUCUCCUCACACUGCUGGUGUGUUCAAUUUUUUGUCAUAGGGUGCUGGCAGAUUACGGGCCUCCCAUAGCUGCUGCCAGGCCCCUAAUCUGCCAUGGGCCCCUAUAUACCGCCUCCUCAUGCUGCUGCCAGGUCCAGAGUCUCUCAUGGGUCCCUGUACGGCCUCCCAUUGCUGCUGUCUCCAUCGCCACACUCUGCCAUGUGCCACUUUCAGGUCUCCUCACACUCCUGCUGGUUUCCAUUUUGUCA